AUGUAUAAAAUUUUUACAAUUUUUUUAUAUGUAUUUUUUUUAAUUUCAGAAAUAAGUUGCCAACAAAUAUUAUAUAUUUCUAAAAAUGGAAAUGAUAAUAUUGCAAUGUGUGGUUUUGAACAAAAUGGAGCAUGCCUUUCAGUUCAUGGAGCCAUAGAAUCAUAUCAAAAAAAUGUUGUUAGUGGUUUAAAUAUAAAUACUAAUUUAACAACAUUGCCACAACUAAUAUUAGAUAUAUCUUCAGGAACCUACCAAGAAAAUAAUACAGUUUUAAACAUUUUUGGUUACAAUUUAACCCUUCAAGCUAAUGAAACCAAUGGGCCAGUAGUUUUUCAACAAAAUCAAACAUUUUUCGAAAUUAAUCCACCGAUUAUAUGUCCAUGGACCAACCCUUCUCUUAAUAAAUAUGCCAAUUUAGCAACAUCAUCGGUCACAUUUAGCGGUAUUCAAUUUAUUUUGUAUGACAAUCAAAAUACAACAGCACCUCUUCCAUUAUUGUUGAAUAAUGUAGAGUAUUCAACAUGUUCAGAUUUUAACACCCCAAAUGUUGAAUCAUUAACACAGAUAGAAAUUUUCAAUUGUACAUUCACCGGUAAUCAAAGUACAGCAUUGAUCAAUUCAGAUUAUUAUGGUGUAAUGAGCAACGGCUAUUCUGAAAUGAUAUUUAAGUUUGGGGGUUUGGUAAAUCUUGAUAUCCAAAUAAUUUCAAGUAGCUUUGUUAAUAUCUCAGUAUCCGCCAUAGAUUCAGCUUUGAUAUCAACAAUUAACAGCCAUAGUCCAUAUAACCUUUUAAUUGAUGAUUGUUUAUUUGAAACUAUAGAUCUUUCAUACCCCUCAACUUUAAUAAACAACACAUUACCCCUUACAUUUAUUGGCACCCCAAAAAACUCAGUUACACUUUCAAAUUCUUUGUUUCACUAUUUUUCUAGUAUGUGGCCAGUUAUUUUCUUCAAUGGAAGUUCAGAUGUUCUAUUUGAUAAUAUAGAAUUUAACACAUAUUCUAUUGGCAGCUCACCUGUUUUUAAAUUUCUUGGCUAUACUAAUCUCUUCGUUGAUAGUAGCAAUUUUUCAACCAACUUUCCAAUCGGAGAGGGUUCAAGCUCUUCAUCAACAUCCAUGUUUUCACUAGACUCUGUAAUGGCAACCUUUGUAGGAACUUAUUUAAAUGUAAACAAUGGUAAUCCUUUUGAUCAACAUUUAACAAAAGAUACAUUCAACAUUAGCUCGCUUAUCUAUCAAGAAGACUCUAGCCUCGUAAUAAGAGAAUCAUUUUUAAAUACUGUAGUUUCCAAUUUUAUCACUUCAAGUGGUGGAAGUAUUUUUAUUUUUGGUACACAAUAUCAAGGUUUAGAUAUGGAUGAAUAUACUUUUUAUAAUAAUCCUCAAAUAAGCAUCAAAUGCACACCAUCUAACCCAACCGUAUUAAAUGGUCCAGGUACAAAUCCUUCCAGCUAUCAUCCAGAAUCAUGCAGUGUCCCAUCUCUCAAAAAUCAAAUUGGUUGGUAUUUCUUAGCCGCUGCUAUAGGUAUCAUCAUAGCUGUUUUUAUAAUGAUUGUUUUGUUCUUCUCAUGUAGACAUAAAUUAUCUUACAGACAAAUCAACUAA